AUGAAUGCUAUUGUGACUAGAGGUGGUAGGGUUCUUAAGAGUGAAAUAUCUAAGAAGAGUGAUGCUAAUGAUAGUCCUAGCAAUGGUCAAAUUGAGAAUGAAGGAGAUGAGAAUACUUUAGUUGAGGAAGUCAAUAAGGAACAAGUUGAGAAUGUGAAAGAGAGAGAAAGAGAAUUUUACAAACCUAAGCUCCCUUACCCCCAAAAGUUUAAUAGGCACAAUCUAGACAAGCAAUUUGGGAAAUUUAUAGAGAUGCUUAGACAACUUCAUCUUACUCUUCCUUUUAUCGAUGUGAUAGAACAAAUUCAAAAUUAUUCAAUAUUCCUUAAGGAGAUUUUGAGUGGAAAAAGAACAUGUGAUGUGGCGAAAACAGUUAACUUGACCGAGAAUUGUAGAGCUAGUGUUAGCAUUAUGCCAUACUCGGUAUAUCAAAGACUAGAGAAGGCAGAACUUUUACCUACCACUAUUACCUUGCAAUUAGCCUAUAGAUCAAUUAGGAUCCCAAGAGGCAAGGUAGAGGAUGUUCCCUUAAGGGUAGGAAAGUUCAUCAUUCCUGUUGAUUUUGUGGUCCUUGACAUAGAUGAGGAUUCUACAAUUCCUAUUAUUCUUGGUAGACCAUUUCUUGCUACUUCAGUUGCUUUGAUUGUUGUCAAAAGUGCUAAGAUUUCACUUACAAUUGGAGAUGAGGGAGUUGAAUUUAAUUUGAAUGAAAGUAUGAAGUAUCCUUCUUCAUCUCUUGAGAAUUUCAUGAGAGUUAAAAUCUUAGAUAAUCUUAUAGGUGCUCCUAGCAAGGACAUGGCUUUGUAUGAGAUCUUGUUCGAUGGAAUCGUUGAGGGAAAUGAUGAACAAAUUUGCAUGAAAAUCUCAAGCCCGGAGGCUUUGCAAGCGGCUUCAAUCAAGGAAGGUAAAUGUAUUCCUAUGGUAGAUCUCAAACCUUUACCAUCAUAA